UCUGAUCCGAUCGUCGAUGACGAUGACGAUGAUAUGAUGUAUGGUGAACUUAAUCGGCCUCUGAACAAAUUCUCAUCGAUGAAACGACCUCAACAUAAUAACGAUACCCCAACUACACUAAAAAAGCAAAGAACUCGACCAGUUGUAGUACGUGAACCGUUACAGAAGAGUAACAUGGUAGAUGAGAUGAGUCCAGCUUUAGCAAGGGUUGCGUCAGGAAUGAGAGAAAGAUUUACGUUUCGUGGUCAUAGUUCACCUAUGAAUCGGACACCACGGAACCUUUCAUCUACCUUUAGAAAGAGUAGUAUCACACCUAAAACACCUCAUAUGGAAUCUACUGAUAUGGAUGAAGAUGGGGAUGAGACUCCUCAAAGUGUACCUAUGAUUCAGAGAAGACAUACUGAUGGAAUCUCUCGACAUUCUAAAGGGCUUGAUCGCAAUGAUAAUGAACAUCAAGGAAGAAAUUUGGUGGAUCAAACUUCGAGUCCUAAACUAGCUGCAUUUCUUUUCAAAGGUGGGACCGCUUCACGAAGGAGCUAAGUUUUAAAACUGCUGAUAAUGGACAUGUUAAUAUUUGUGGUAGAUAUCUGUCUGUUUAUUUUUGUUUUGUUUUUCAAAUUUUUGGAAGAGGAUUUUUAUAAUUUUUCAAAUUGUAGAUAAGUCUGUUUAUGAUGAAUUGUUAUAAUCGCUUUUGUAUGGGCUCUGUUUUUAUAGAUUUUCAAAAAAGGAACAUUAUCAUUUUUGGAUUCAUC